AUGAAGCGCUCCAUCAGCCAGGAAUCGAUCGUGACGCAGCGCCCGGCGUUCCUGCGGACUCUGAGCAUCGAGCCGGACUCGCCGGCGACGCCGGGCCUGAACUACGAUGAUGAUCCGGCGGGCAAGAGUCCGCGCGACCGCCGGCCGAUCUUCUGGGGCCGGCGGCUGAGCCCGAAGGGGCCCCCGGGGUCGCCAAAAUUCGCGGCGCCGCCCCGGGGCCGCCCGCCGUGGGCGUACGUUUUGACCACCGCGCUCGUCGCCGGACUUUUGUUAAUAGUGCACGUCGGCGUCAGCGGCGAGCUCUCCUCCACGAAGGCCGAGGUCGCGCGGCUGACCGAGGCGCUCCGGCACCACGAGGAGCCGUCCCCGGCGCUCCGCGGCAGCGCGCCAUCGCCAACGGCGCGCCGCCACCUCGUCAUGGCCUGCGCCGUCGAUGCGACGCACCUCGACUUCCAGAGGUUCGUCUACUCGCUGCGGCUCGAGGCGAAUUAUAAGGGCGACGCCGCCCUCUUCGUCCGGGAGGACACGCUGCCGUGGCUGCGGGAGGCCGUCGACGUCGUCACCGUCGAGCAUACAAUGCCCUGCCCGAGCGACCCGAAGCGGACGUGCGUUGCGGACGCGGCCUGGGGCCCCGUGCCCGUGUCCCUCGCGCGGUUCCGCUACUUCCGGGACUACCUCGAACGGCACGAGCCCUACGACGCCGUGCUCUGGACGUCCUUUGCAGAUACGUUCUUCCAGCGCGACCCCUUCUCGCCGCCGCCGUUCUCCGAGUUAAUUGAAGAGAAGAAGCUCGUGAUGUUUGGGGAGCACCCGGCGCGGCCGUUGCUGCGCCAAGUCUACACCAUGAAUGCGAUCCACGAGUGUUAUGGAUUGGGCAAAUUGGAAGAGUUCGUCAAUGAUGAGACGCCAGCGCUCACGGCGGAGGCUCUGCUCGGCGCGGGCAGCGCGGUCAAGAGCUACCUCGGGCUGUUGUUGUUCCACGUCGAGGCCUGUGUGGAAAUCAACCAGUGUGUCGGGUGCAUCUCUCGGCGAUGACGCGGCCGUGCUGGCUCCGUCGAGCGGUGAGGAACCGGCAUCGCCACGCCAUCGAGCAGGCGUCGCGUCGAUGGCGUGGCGGUCGACGCGACGAUUCGAACGCGCCGUAAAAUUUUGAUUUCCACACAGGUCGAGGCCUACUUCCCGAAGUCCAAGACCUGCGCGACGUCGCUCAGCGCGGACCAGGGCCACCACAACGUCGUCGCGUUCUCGAAAUUGCCUCGGGACCUCUUUCGCAUCGCGGCCUACAACACGGGCCAGGUUUUUGUCGCCGGCCAAACGAGACUCGCCAAGGAGAAGAUCAAAACGGAGGACGGGUACGUACUAGAUGCGGAAGGCAAGCGCGUGCCCGUGGUCCUCCAGUACUCGUCGUUCGACUUCCUGAAUGACAAGGCGAAGGCCAUCGUCGAGACCCACGCGAAGGAGGCUAUCAAAAGGUGGAACGUGUAA